AUGCUGUCUCGCAUCGGAGGCGAUGGUCGCUACGAGGAUACCUGCCUUCCUGACUCCUUCAGGGCCAUGGGGUUAAAGGUCGCUUUCUCAGGGCACGGUCCAUUCUUUGCGCUGCGUGAUGGCAAUCGGAUGCUGGCCCCCCUGCACAGUCCGAGGCACACCAUCCGUCGCAUCCCUGAACUUGACAACGAGCUGAACCCAGGAAGAUAUGUUCUGUAUGCGCAGAAUCACUUCUGCGGGUUAAGAGUCUUCGAUGACGGGUCUUGUCAUAUGACUACAAGCCAUCGCACCCAAGACAACCUAUGCAUUGACGUCGCGGACGUGAAUCUUGAACUUUGGGAGGCUGUUUUCGUCGUAGAGCCUUUGGCACAUGGCACAGGACACAGAACAGAUGAUGACACCGAUGAAGACAAGGCAGGUGGUUCCCACAGGAUGCAAGCAUCUGACUGCGAAGAGCCGUACAAAAAGCUGGUGCACUAUAUUGACCAAUACGUUAUCUUCCACAGAAUCCUGCAUAUCCGCAGCAUGGCCCUCACUUACAUUCAGGAGCUGGUGACCUGUCCUGGAUUAUGGCUUCAUUUCCCGAACCCACUCCACACUCAGAUCGAUAAACGCACUUGGCGACAUUUCAUGGACUGCUUCGAAGACAGGGCCAGGAAGGUGACGGAGUGGGUGGAUCCACAGAUUCUAGUUUCUGGUCUACGUCCGUCUGCUCACGGGCCCCGACAUGUGCACUCCAUAUCAGAUGUUGACCGCGCCGUCAAGAGAGUUGGCGCCUGGGCCCGGAUAAUGAUCAAGCUGCUGGAUUAUGAUGGCACGGUCAGCCUGCUAUCACCUGUUGAUCCUGCCAUUUCCAAAAGGAUUUGGGAGAAGCAUCUGUUCGACAUCCGCCAAAGCUUGACGGUGUUGACUCAGACUGUUCCGUCUUGCGUGGACACGUCAGUAGACACCUCUUCAAAGGCCCACGAGCAAGACUACCUGGGCGGCGUGACCGAGAAGAUUGCCGCCUGCGGCUCGAGCAAGAGCUCUCUCGGUGCAAUUAGCAAAUAG